AUGGCGGAUGUUAACAGAGUUAAUUCUCUUCCCCGGAACAGAAGCAGCACCUCAAACGUCUCCAAUAGAAAGAACCCCGAAACCGAAAACUCCGAAAAUGCAAAUACUCCUCCUCAAACGAAAUCUCGCACGGUUCCAAUGCUUUUCUCGUUCAACGGGAAGACAGAUGGCGACGCUAAGAAAUGUUGGCCUCUUGACGUCACAAUGCUCGAGGACGGUACUCCCGUUAUUACCGACUUCCACAACAAGAAGGUCAAAGCCUUUGACGCAACCGGAAACGUGAUGGGAGAGGUGGCGGUCCCGAGCUGGCCACACGGAAUUGUGGACGUCGCUAGCGCUGAAGUGGUUGUGACACUUCCGGAACUAGCCACAAUCAUGUUUGUAUCGGUACAGGACAACAACAUGCGGAUCCGCAAACGCGUCAGAACGGUAAAACAGUACCGCGGGAUAAGCUGUGACGUCACAACAUCGCCGAACGACCCUGUUCUGGUUGUCUCGUGUUGCGCCUCUGGCAUUCAAUGUGUUGACGUUCUCGCUCUAGACGGGACUGUUUUACAGACGUAUCGAGAGGACAGACGACAACCGGGAAAGCUUCUCUUCACAUGGCCGUAUUACGUCACAACUAACGCGGCAGGCGAGAUUCUCGUCUCAGAUUGCCAGUCUCGGAAUGGGAUCAUCUGUAUCUGCCGUGACGGUGGAGUAAAGUUCGAACAAGUCCUCCCCGAUAACAUCGUUUGUGACCCACGUGGAAUAUGCACUGACCGGCAAGGAAACCUGUUCCUGGCAGACAAGACCGGUAACUCUGUCCACGCUCUCGGCCCGGACGGAGAAUACAAGAGUAGAGUUCUCUGUUCCGCGGACGGACUGAUCCAUCCGAUUGCGGUCUGUCUCAGUCCAUUUGGACAUCUCAUUAUUACGCAAGAGAACGGUGACGUCAAGGUUUUCAAAUACAGUUGA